GCUGAGCCGCGGCGGGCUGGACCCUGAGCAGCGGGCAGAGGCGAAAUAAUGGGCGCGCUCUCCUUCGCUGCACCCCUCGCACAUUGACGCACAGUGAUGUUGGUCGCUUUCUCGCUACUGGCCAUCUCGCUGUCAUUCUUGUUCCUCAAGCGCCCCCCUUCGACAUGGCUCGCCUAUCUUCGUCAAAAUGCGCCCCCGCCUACGGUAGGCACUGAACGCAAGCCUUCUCCACCCACUGCAGACCGAGAGGAACCCGCAGUCGAGCCCCCAGACAGCCAGAAAAGGCGCCCAAGCGAAAGCUCGUCGUCCGAAGGCACACCAAAGAUCGCUCCCAAGGACAGUGCAAAUGGCGCCGUCCCGACCUUCACUCUCGCGGCGCACGAGAGCUCCGACGAGGACGACGAGGACAACCUUCCCCCGCCCUCUUUCCCAGCCCUAAACUCGGCGCAGAGGGCGUCUGCACCGUCGCCAACGAUAGCUAUGCCAGCGCCGCCCAAAGUGGCGCCUAUGGCCCCUCCUGUCAGACCCGCGUCCUCUCUUAUGCCCCCGCCUACACUGAAGGCCUCCAACCUGCGCGCCCUACCCACACCUACGCAAGGCCUGCGUGUACCCACCACGGGCCCUCUGCCGAAUCGCGGACCCGUGCCGAAUCGAGGGCCCCCAGCUUCGAACGGCGGUCUUAUGCCAACCGCCACAGUCAAAACACCAAACUCGCGAGGCAAGGUGCUACUCUCACCCGGGCAUUCACCGCUGGACUGGGCGAAUCUUCAGCGCUCGGGAGCAAAUCUGGCGGGUGUACCUUCGCUCAUCCGCGUCACUCCCGCCAUGCUCAAGGAAAACAACGGCCGGAAAGGCAAGCCCGCGUGGUCGAGUUACGAAGGCAAAGUGUACAACAUCACACCCUACCUGCCCUUCCACCCGGGCGGCGAAGGAGAGCUGCGGAGGGCAGCAGGGAAGGACGGGCGGAAGCUGUUCAUGGAAGUGCACCCGUGGGUGAACUGGGACAAUAUGCUUGGCGAGUGCCUGGUCGGCAUCAUGGUGACGGAAGAGCAGGCGCGCCCGACGAGCAGCCUGGAAGACAUGGACUGAACUUGAGAUACCCCAUAGACGGCAAUAGAACGGGUUGGCAUUUCCUAUCCUCUCUCAGCCACGUCUCCAUCACAAGUGUGGUCGUCUUACUGGCCUUUUACAUGGAGCGUUCUAAGCACGUUCGAGCAUGCCAGUUGGUUUGGCUUAUUACGGUGCCAAACCCACAAAAC